AAGCUGAGAUGAGACUGGAGAUCAAACAUUUCUCAAAUGCUUCUUUGUAGACUGGCAGAAGAGUUUUUGUUGUUAGUGAAAACUUGUGCUGAAUUUGUGCAGUACUGCUUAUAUGGAAUCAAAUUAUGGCAUUUUGAGCAUGGAACAGAAGAAAAAUGCAAUCUGCAUAUUGACUCUUUGCUUCAGAAUGGUUCUUUGAAAAUCAGUAAUUUAUUUAACACUGAAACCUUUUGGCCCCGAUGAAGUUGCCCAAACAAGUUAAAAUGUAUGUUUUGUCCCAAAUUUGAGGAGAAUUCAAAUCAAUAUCUGCAUAAACCAUGGUCUCUGGCAGGCGGGCAUGUGGUGUGCUGUCAUGUUUGCUAUAGUAAGGUUGUAAUAGCUUUUGAAAUGUGAAGUAGGAGGAAAGAGCAUGUGAAUAAACAGACUACAGGCUCCGUAGUACAGAGAUAAAAUAGUAAAGGAAGCGAUAGUCAAUUCUUUUCAAGACUGGAAUAAUACUGGGCUUUGUAAACCUCAGACACCCUUCUGUUAGCCGCACGCUCUCUCACGAUGCCGGCGUUCUGCACAGUGGCUAUAACCGGGCUGCUUUUCCCGUUCCUCGGCGGUCCCCGGGGCGCGGCGGGCGGGGCCGGGCGGGGGGGCCGCGCUGCCGUUCCCAUGGCAGCGCCCGCCGCCGCCGCAGCAUCCUCCGCAGCAACUUUCCCCCGGCUUAAAGCGAGCCCAGGCAGUCGCGGCGGCCGACGGGGACGGGACGGGCGGAGGGGUUCCCUGGGCGGCUGCGGAGCGGCGGCCGCUGCCUUGUCCUGGGCCCCGCGCCUGCCGAGCGCCCGCGGCUCCCCGGGGCAGCGCGGAGCCAUUUUACGGAGCGGGCGGGGCAGGGUCCCGGUCCCGCUCGGCGCCGUGCCCCGUCCCCCACCGACACCUGCCUCUCUCCGCUCCCGCCGGCGGCCGACGCGCGCUCCUUCUGCUCGAUCCCGUCCCCAGGCAGGAAUCGCCCGGCAUGCCGAUCGCCCACUUGCUGGAGCUAUGGAAGGGGAUAGAGGUGGAGCCCAUGGAGACGGAGACUGUGGUGGAAGAUGCUGCCCCGGAUGAAGAAGCUGUAAAAGAGGAAGAAGGUAUCGUGAAGGAAAUAGACAUCAGUCAUCAUGUCAAGGAAGGUUUUGAAAAAGCAGAUCCUUCUCAGUUUGAACUGCUGAAAGUAUUAGGACAAGGUUCAUAUGGAAAGGUAUUUCUAGUCAGGAAAAUAAAAGGAUCUGAUGCAGGCCAGCUUUAUGCCAUGAAGGUGCUUAAGAAGGCAACUCUGAAAGUUCGAGAUCGGGUACGGUCUAAAAUGGAGAGAGAUAUUUUGGCAGAAGUGAACCAUCCUUUCAUAGUCAAGCUUCAUUAUGCAUUUCAAACAGAGGGAAAGUUGUAUCUAAUACUAGAUUUCCUGCGGGGAGGGGACCUUUUCACCAGACUCUCCAAAGAGGUGAUGUUUACAGAAGAGGAUGUCAAGUUCUACUUAGCUGAGCUGGCCUUGGCAUUAGACCACCUCCAUGGACUUGGAAUUAUUUACAGGGAUCUAAAACCAGAAAACAUUCUUCUUGAUGAAGAGGGCCACAUUAAGAUAACAGAUUUUGGUCUGAGUAAGGAGGCCAUCGACCACGACAAGCGGGCGUACUCGUUCUGCGGGACCAUAGAGUACAUGGCCCCGGAGGUGGUGAACCGGCGGGGGCACACGCAGAGUGCAGACUGGUGGUCCUUCGGCGUGCUCAUGUUUGAGAUGCUGACGGGAUCAUUACCCUUCCAGGGAAAAGACAGAAAGGAGACAAUGGCACUCAUUCUCAAAGCCAAGCUGGGAAUGCCGCAGUUCUUGAGCAUAGAAGCCCAGAGCCUGCUGCGAGCCCUCUUCAAAAGGAACCCCUCCAACAGAUUAGGUGCUGGAUUUGAUGGAGUGGAAGAAAUUAAACGUCACCCUUUCUUUGUUACUAUAGACUGGAACAAACUGUACAGAAAAGAAAUCAAGCCACCUUUCAAGCCUGCAGUGGGGCGGCCAGAAGACACUUUUCAUUUUGAUCCAGAGUUCACAUCUCGGACCCCCACAGAUUCCCCAGGUGUUCCUCCAAGUGCCAAUGCUCAUCAUCUUUUCAGAGGGUUCAGCUUUGUUGCCUCCAACUUGAUGCAGGAGCCUGCGCAGCAAGACGUGCACAAAAUCACUGUUCACCCAAUUGUGCAGCAGUUACAUGGGAACAACAUUCAUUUUACUGAUGGAUACGAGAUCAAGGAGGACAUAGGAAUUGGCUCCUAUUCCGUGUGCAAGAGAUGCGUUCACAAAGCUACAGAAACGGAGUUUGCAGUGAAGAUAAUUGAUAAGAGCAAGAGAGACCCCUCUGAAGAAAUUGAGAUACUCUUGCGAUAUGGACAACAUCCAAACAUCAUUACUCUUAAAGAUGUGUAUGAUGAUGGGAAGUUCGUGUACCUGGUGAUGGAGCUGAUGCGGGGAGGCGAGCUGCUGGACCGCAUCCUUCGGCAGAAGUGUUUCUCAGAGCGGGAGGCCAGCGCUGUGCUCUGCACCAUCACCAGGACCGUGGACUACCUGCACUCUCAGGGCGUGGUGCACCGAGAUCUCAAGCCAAGUAACAUCCUCUACAUGGAUGAGUCAGGAAACCCAGACUCUAUCAGGAUCUGUGAUUUUGGGUUUGCCAAGCAACUCAGAGCAGAGAAUGGGCUGCUCAUGACUCCCUGCUACACAGCCAACUUCGUGGCUCCUGAGGUCCUCAAACGCCAAGGUUAUGAUGCAGCCUGUGACAUUUGGAGCCUGGGGAUCCUGCUGUACACCAUGUUGGCAGGGUUCACUCCUUUUGCAAAUGGACCAGACGACACCCCAGAGGAGAUUCUGGCCAGGAUUGGCAGUGGCAAAUAUGCUCUUACAGGAGGAAACUGGGAUUCAGUAUCUGAUACUGCAAAGGACAUUGUGUCUAAGAUGCUCCAUGUAGACCCUCAUCAGCGCCUCACAGCAGUCCAAGUCCUGAGGCAUCCAUGGAUAGUGAACAGGGAGUACCUGUCUCAAAACCAGCUCAGCAGACAGGAUGUUCACCUGGUUAAGGGUGCAAUGGCAGCCACCUACUUUGCUUUAAACCGAGCACCUCAGGCACCAAGGCUGGAGCCUGUAUUGUCCUCCAACCUGGCUCAGCGGCGAGGCAUGAAAAGACUUACCUCUACCAGAUUGUAGCAGUACCCCCAAAAGGCCUCCUUGAAAGCCCACAGUUUAUUAUUUGAGAAAUUCAUCUUUACUUGGCUAGCAGAACUUUUUUGGACAACCUGCACAUGAAAUUGCCAGAAUUAGCAGAAGCCCAUGUAAGGCAAAGUUCUCAUUUGUUACAUCAUUUCUUUUACAUUCCAGCCAGGGUCCUGAGUUUAACAACCUCACAAAGAUGUGCCAGUUUUGCCAGUAGCUCUGUUUCCUUACUGAGAUAAAGCCAAAUAAAAUAGGCAAGCUUCAUCCUUUCCACCCUAGGAAAACUAUUUUUGAGUCUGUAAGAUGUUCCAUGGGAAGAGUUUUCAUUUUGUUUCUCAAGAAAAGCACUUUUUACCAUGAAGA